AUGGCUCUCUACAAAGUGAUCUGUGUGGCAGCUCUGCUGACUCUACUGGCAGCAGAGUCUCGCUCACAACCAAAUGUCUCCAUACUGGACCCACCGCCAGAGGACAGGACCACUGACAUCACCUCGGACAGAACAAUGCUAACAGAUGAAUUUACUCUGUCUUCUCCUACCUUGAGACAGAAGAGAGCGGCCAGUUACUAUAACCCGAUUCCAAACUCCAACUUGAGAUGGGUGUACAGGAGUUCUGGUAGUCGUCUCCCUGCUGGAACUGUGUAUUAUGACAACGGGUACACACAUCGUCGUGACUAUAUUUGCCAUUGUCGUUGUGCAGCAGGUUUUCAUGCCGCAGGAAGCAAUACGUGCAAAUACGCGUAUGGUUUCAAAGAACAUACAUGCACUAAGUUUUAUCUCCUGGUUAACAAAGACAAUUUUGAGAUUUUUGAGUUUAAGUCCGGUUCCUAUGGUUCAGUGCCUAAGGAUGCAAUCAGGACCUGCCGUAAUGUUAACAUAUUUGUUGGGAAGAACGAGUAUGGUCUUGGGAAGGUGGAUGUCAGAAAUAAGUCCUUCUAUCUUCCUUGGGAGGGUUGGGAGUACAAGUACAGGCAUUACCAUGUCCUGGUCAUGAGCAGGAGAGUUAAGUCAGACCGCAUUUCUGAUGUCAAGUACAACUUUAAAGCAGCUAAAAAGAUUAGUCAUCCUCCAGAGGUCAUGACCAAGGCUUCCAGUAGCAAUUAUCAGUGUAGAACAGUUUCCAAAACAGUUCAUCUCUCAAAGUCGUAUUCAGAAGAGAAAAGGUGGGACAGUACCACCUCCAUCUCAGUUGGUGUCACAGCCAGCUUCACUGGCAAAAUCCCAUUUGUUGGCGAGACAGGUAUUGAGGUCAGUGCUUCGGUAACAAAGGAUAUCUCCAAAGGGAGCAGCAUAAGUGUGUCGAAAAAUCUUGCUGUCGAUGUGUCGGUAACUGUCCCACCAAACCACUCCUGCGGUGUCAAAAUUAUGGGACAUAGGUACACAACAAAAAUCCCAUACACAGCACGCCUCACCCGCACGUACAAAAACGGGAAAGUCAAAUCGACAACCACCACUGGGACAUUCAAUGGUGUCAAUGUUGUAGAUUUCAGGUCUGUUGUAGAUCGCUGUGUCCCUCUUCCCAAUGCUCAGCCUUGCAAGUAA